CCCCAUUCGAAGAGGAAGAGGGAGGCUCCCCUCAUUUCUCUGCCCUCUAUUUGUUUGUUUUUUUUUUCACUUCGUUUUUCUCUCGGCGAUCUUGCGGCGACGGCCGGCGGAGAGAUGGCGUGGCUGGCUCGAAUGGCGUCUCCAGCGAGGCGGGUAUGUGACGGCGUCGCCUACCGCCUUGGGUUCCGCAAAUCCGGGCUGAUGAGACUGAGGCGGGAGGUGCGCACGUGCGAAUACGAGGACGUGCACGUGAUGUGGGAACUACUGACGGAAUCUGGACGGGCCGGGCCGUACCGCGCCACGGCGACGGCGGAUCCGCCGAGGAGGAAUCGACGGAACGACGGGGAGCAUGCGUGGGCUCUUCUCUUCGUCCUCUGCCGCAGGUUCUAGAACUCCCAUCCCUAACUUUUCCUUUUUCCUUUUUCCUUUUUGAUUUUGUAAAUACAGUGAGUUAAGAAGAUGGCUAAUGUUAUCUAUGAUAACUUGGCCUUUAAAGUAAGUAAGUUUCUAUGUCUGUUCUCGGCCUUAAAGACUCCUUAUGUAUGCCUGAUAUUAAAUAUCCAAAACCUUUGAUUUAGAAUUUAA